UGGCCGUGGCCUAUGAUUCGCUGAUGGCGCCCCUGGACCGCGGUCUCGCUACCCCCAACAGCAGAGUUCAAUUUGCAGCAGUUCGUCUCUAAAUUGUGCAGGGCUAGCCUGCAGUUGGCCUGGCCGUCUCCGCAUUUUGCGCAUCUGCCACCUCAAGCCCCUGAUCCUUGGCCUGGCCGAAGUUGCAGCAAGCCUCAAAGGCGUUGAAGUCUGCGCGUCCGACCUCUGUCCACCUCUGUGAUGAGAGUCCUGCCUCACGGCCUUUUUUCAUACCUCGCGCCUGGGAGCCACGCUUCGUCUGCCACCGGACCAUCCCAAGGCUAUCGCUCUGCUUUGCUUCCUCGACUCUUCUCUUUUGCUGAAGAGCGCGAAGGAGCUGCAGUGUGCCACCCGUGGCUGUUGGUGUUCUCUCCACAGCUCUUGCGGACUGGAGGAAUCGAACCACCCGCCAAGGAUCCCAACCUCCAGCAAUAUCCAUCCGGUCUUUGUGGCCCCUCGUCCUCGCCGUCUAUCUCUUCCCCCUCUGUCGCUCGGGACAUAGAGCGACGAUGUGCCAGAUUCAAUAGGAGAGUAUUGCGCAGCUCGACCUGGUUGUGGAUCGACGAGACGCCCUCUCGAGAUAGAACAGUGGCGCUUCCCCACAUUCUUUCUUGUCCGGAGCUUUCUCGCUGAUCGCUGGGUUUGUACACUCCUAUGCUACGACUUAUGCCCUAGUGUAAUCCGUCUCUUCUUCCACGAUUCUGCGCAAAGACUAGGGAUAGAUUGGCUCAAGAGUUUGGCGCAUUCUUCAUUUGGUCUUCGUUUUAGCUCUUUUCUGGGUAUCGAAAUUGUUUGAUAUACUAUACGUACGAAUAUACCCAGUGUUUGUGGUUAGAUUUGCGCUGAAUCAUAUGCAAUAGGAUAUACUGCUGGUGAUCUGAUAGACGGUCUUCGCUCUCGAGAUAUCCCGGA